UUUUUCUCCACUGGAUCUACUUGAUUUUCUUGAUUUCUGACAAUCAAAAUUAAUCAGGUUCACAAUUGGAACAUUUAAUUACAAUCAAGGUGUUUCAAUCGAAUUUCAAACGACAAUUAACUCACGAGAGAAAACAAAAGAGUUAAUGGUUACUAUGUAUUCGUGGCGUUGGUAGACAACAAAAUCUCAGCUUUUUGUUUAUUUCUCAUUCUGGUGACUAUUUUUGACUUAAUUGUAUCUCUUGUUUGUUGAUUGUUCCAAGAAGAAAACACCAUGGCUUCAGGAACUAAGGUUACUUUUAAAAUAACGUUAACAUCUGAUCCCAAGUUACCAUUUAAAAUAUUAAAGGUACCCGAUGUCACUCCAUUCACGGCGGUACUUAAAUAUGCUGCUGAAGAGUUCAGAGUUCCUCCAGCAACCUCAGCAAUUAUCACCGACGAUGGUGUUGGUAUUAAUCCUUCACAAACGGCUGGUGAUGUUUUCCUUAAACAUGGAUCUGAAUUAAGAUUAAUUCCUAGAGAUAGAGUUGGUUUUACACUAAUUUAGUGAGUUCAACUCUUUUGGAUUAGUAUCAUGUUUUGGAUUACAGAAAAGAAAACGAAAAUCUCUCUCUCUCUCUCUCUCUCUCUCUAUGGUGUCCACAGUAUUUGUCUACCAAAAUGUAGACCAAAUGUUAUCUUGAUUAUGGAAUAACAAUUAUAAAGAUCACUAUUUAUUCCCCAAUUUAA